CAGCGCCCCGCGGGCCAUGCUGCUCACGGUGUACUGUGUGCGGAGGGACCUCUCCGAGGUCACCUUCUCCCUCCAGGUUGACGCCGACUUCGAGCUGCACAACUUCCGCGCGCUCUGUGAGCUCGAGUCCGGCAUCCCAGCGGCCGAGAGCCAGAUUGUUUAUGCCGAGAGGCCUCUCACUGACAACCACAGGUCGCUGGCUUCCUAUGGCUUGAAGGAUGGGGAUGUAGUAGUUUUGAGACAGAAGGAGAAUGCAGAACCACGAGCACCUGUUCAAUUCCCAAGCCUGCCCCGGAUAGACUUCAGCAGCAUAGCUGUGCCUGGCGCAUCAGGCUCCCGACUGCACCAGCAGCCAGCCCAGCCACCCCGGGCAUCCCCAGCAGACCCAGCUUCAUCCCCGCAGGGCUUGGACAAUCCAGCAUUACUUCGAGACAUGUUGCUUGCCAAUCCCCAUGAGCUCUCUCUGCUCAAGGAGCGAAACCCACCCCUGGCAGAAGCCCUGCUCAGUGGAGACCUUGAGAAAUUUACUAGGGUCCUGGUAGAGCAGCAGCAGGACCGAGCCCGGAGGGAGCAGGAGAGGAUCCGUCUCUUUGCGGCUGACCCCUUUGAUCUGGAAGCUCAGGCCAAGAUAGAAGAAGAUAUAAGGCAACAGAACAUUGAGGAAAACAUGACAAUAGCCAUGGAGGAAGCUCCCGAGAGCUUUGGCCAAGUUGUGAUGCUUUAUAUUAACUGCAAAGUGAAUGGACAUCCCGUGAAAGCAUUUGUGGAUUCAGGAGCCCAGAUGACCAUUAUGAGCCAAGCUUGUGCAGAAAGGUGUAAUAUAAUGAGACUUGUGGAUCGUCGAUGGGCUGGUAUUGCCAAAGGUGUUGGCACACAGAAGAUUAUCGGCAGAGUGCAUCUGGCUCAAGUUCAGAUUGAGGGGGAUUUUCUGCCAUGUUCCUUUUCUAUACUUGAGGAACAGCCCAUGGACAUGCUUCUGGGACUGGACAUGCUUAAGCGACAUCAGUGUUCCAUUGACCUCAAGAAAAACGUGCUAGUGAUUGGCACCACAGGCACGCAAACCACCUUCCUUCCAGAGGGAGAGCUCCCCGAAUGUGCGAGGUUAGCCUAUGGUUCAGGGCGAGAUGACAUUCGGCCAGAGGAAAUCGCAGACCAAGAACUAGCAGAAGCUCUUCAGAAGUCCGUCGAGGAUGCAGAGAAAAGUGAUAAAGAAACUACCUCACUGGGAACAUCAUCAUUACCACCCUGCGGUGGAUCUGACAGUGCAGCCCAUUCAUUAAAACUCAGUUCUAAGACCAGUCACCCCGUAAGUCUUGAUCGCUCCGUCUCUGCUCCUGCUUCCAUCUGCUCCUAUAAGCCCAGCUUACGAGAGAUUGUGGAUCCGAAAGCUGAAUCCGAGAUAAUCUCAGAUAAGAAAGAAUGUCCUUUUCCUUUCCUGAACCUUCCUACUCAGGCCUCAUCAGACAGCACCAUGGAAGACCAACCUGCAGGCUGUCCGAGGUCAGCUACUGCUCUCUGGAAUUCAUCAAAAGAAACAAUCGUGGUGGAUAAUCUGAAGAAAUCUCCUGCUGAGGAAAGCAUCUCUAGCCUCCAAGCGCAUCUUGAUACAGAACAAAAAGAUGAUUUGUCUGUCCUAACCACCCAGGUGCCCAAUCCACAACUGUUUCUAGGUGAGAAUGGCUCGUGUUCACCUCACCAAGAACCAAGUCAGGGAACUGGCCUCCAACAGCCCCCACAGCCAGUGAGUUUAUGGCCCAAGGUUGAAGUGCAGAGUGAAGUGGAUGACCCACAACUCCCCUGGAGCACUGGGCUUGGCACUGAAUUGCAGCCCAGCCUUCCCACCCAGCAAAGGUCUGUUGAUUUGCAAACUGAGAGUCACCAAGCUGAGCAACAGAAGCUGGGCUUUCCACAUCCAGAAGACACUGCUCCAUCGUCAGCAUCAUUUGGCAGCUCAUACACUGAAACAAUCAUGGAAAUAGAUGAGGCUGAGCCGUCUGUGGUAGCUGUCCAUAACUUGGCUGAUGGUCACGAUGCCGGUGUUGAGAAUGCUGGUGUUUCUGACCUCGCUUUAGAUAAUCCUUGGGUGGCAGCUGAGGCAUCAGAGCAUAACUCCACUUCUGUAAUUGUGAAUGAUCCAGUGUCAACUAGUGAUUUGCAGCCCCCAGAAAGUAAUGUUGAAAUGUCAGAAACAAAUAGUGAAUUGCCUUAUUUAUUAAGGGAGAAUUGCUCUUCAUUAAGUCUGUCUGGUGACGAACAGGUGUCCACGGACCCUGUAGCACCUACAGAGGAAUCUGGUUUAUCUGUAACAGCUGCUUUGAAGGAACUUCACCAACUUUUGGUCAUUAGUUGUCAAGAACCCCCAGGAAAUCUUGUAUCUGAAGAAGUAAUCCAUUACAAGGAAACAGCAGCUGUAGACCAAAGUGGCAUUGGGGAGAGAUCUGAGCAGCUGCCUCCAAGUCAGCACCCUGCCGAGGUCCUGGAGGAGCAGAACCCUCCAGACUCCUCCUGUCAGGUGGAAUCUGCACCAGUGAAGGCUGAGAGAUCAAUGCAGGCAUCCCCAGAUGCUGGAGGGGAGAAUGGGAUCAGUGGAGAUUUGGGUGAAAGCCUGGCCGCUGCCCCAGGGGAUGUGCAGAAGUCACAGGAGUCAAGGAGAGAAAGCCGUCCUUUCACAGGGACAUCUGCAGAAACGUUGGGCCAGUUAAACUCGGUAGGGGCAGAAAUUUCACCCAGGCCCUUAGCGGGUGAGGGGGGUACCAUCCUUCAGACUUCUCAACAGACUGAGGCCUUGCCGUCCGAUUUCGCACCAGUCCUCUCUCAGGACACUCAGAACCCGUUGACAGGAAUGCCCGAAAUCAGGGAAAGUGUCGUCUGUCCUGAAACCACAAGACCCCUUCGCAGACUUGAGCAACUAGUCAGUCCCCCAGCAUCAAACCCCUCGCUUCUGCCAAGCCACCUUUUCCCUGCUGCAGACGUGGACCGGAUUCUUCGUGCAGGCUUUACUCUGCGAGAAGCUCUCGGGGCUUUGCAGCGUGGCGGUGGAAAUGUAGACCUUGCUCUCCUCAUUUUGCUGGCAAAGAACAUCAUCGUUCCUACAUAGCCAUGGAAAAGGUGGGCUUGACUAGUCCUCAUUCCUUUGAAAAACAAAUAUCAUUAUAUAGAUAUAUAUGUAUCCAAUGUACGUAGAAACCUGCAAGCAGAAUGUUGAGCCAGAUUUUUUUUUUUUUAAGAUUUUUAUUUUUGGCCAAAGUAAUUUAUGAUCUCUUGUCUAAUGAAGUUGUCUAUCACACUUGUUUAAAAUCUGGGCCUUUUUAAUGUAUUGGCAAUGUGUGCACAUGAGCUUUUUCUUCUUGUUAAUGAUGCAUUCUAGAAUAAAACAGAUGGGUUUACAUAAGUACCAUUUUAGAAGGAAGUUGAACAUUUUGAAAAGCAGAAGCUGUUAGAAGUCCUACCACCUGUCCAGCUGAAAGCAGACUGGCUUCCUCCCAUGGUUGUGCUCCUUCCAUAUUUGCAUGAAGGCAAAGUGGAGAAGGCAGUAGUGAGGCAGAAUAUCAAGGGACAAACUAUAGGGAAAGCUGCUUUUCCCCCACAGCUGUGUGGGAAAUGUUAGCCAGCACUCUUGGCGUUGUCAUCCACUGACACUCUGGGGAAAUGAAAGAACAAUCCUAGUAUAGCUGCUGCUAGAGUCACCAGCUCUGGGCACAGGGCAUGAGAAAGUGGGUUCAGAACUUAAUAUGUGAUAAGCUGCUGCACAAAUUGCAAAAAAUACUUGAUGAUGUGGAGUUUCAUUUUAAAAUGGAACUUGGUGCUGCCCAGGUUUAAAAAAAAAAAUUAAGGGAAAAAUCAAGAGCCCUAAAAUUCUCUCUGCAGUGAGCAUGCUGAUCUGUAAACUGAGAAGUUGCAGUAGCUGAGACUCCAGAGGGGUUGGGUUUGCUAGAAGCUCGAUCGAUGACUGAACCCUAAUCCUGAAUGCCUGCAGUCUGUUUGCUCUCUGAGCUCGUGCUCUACUAGAAGUUCUUAUUAUGUAAUUACUGUGCUCCGUGUGAACCAAGUGAGGCAUGAAGCGAUAACCUUGGCACUCAUUUAUCUUGGUCUUUAGAGGGGGUAGAGCUGACCCAAGUGAUAAUUCACGGCUGUGUUCUUCACUAAAGUACAAGUGUGAAGUGUCCAUUUUUGACUCUUCAAGUGGCCUUGGUAAACCUGAAUUUUCCAUCUUUUUCCUCCAGAAGCCUCCAAUUUGGUUUUGGAAACACGGAGUCAGAGCAGGGUAUAGGGCACGGAGAAUACCUUUCUUGUGGCCUUUGUGUUGAAGACCAGCCCCUGGGAUCUCAUUGUCCUGUGGGCCCCACUGUGUACUCCCUUUGGGAGCUCUCAUCUUAAUCCUUCUACUCCUGGCAGAGGGAAUUGACUGUUGAAGAUUAAUGAACAUGACAAAUCAGGAUCUUUGAUUGUAAUUGAAAACGGAGGCCUUGCAUCCAGUUUGCAAACUCUGAAGUCGCUUGGUUUCAUGUGUAUAUUUUUAAAGACCUGCUGCUUCCAUCCAGACCCCCAGUCCAUUGAGUAUAGUAGGUAGAGAGUUAAUUUUCUCAGGAGCAUUUGUAAUUUUAAUUUGGGGGUCUUGAGAAACAUUCUUGUUUCAUUCCUACACCCUUCUCUUUUUUUUUUUUAAGAGGCUUUAGAGGGGGGUUAUAAAUCACACAUUAAGUAGGUGGCAAAAAGAAUUGCUUCAGCAUGGCUAGCCAGAGGAGCAUGGAACUUUCUAGUAGGGUGGUCAGGCCACCAUUGAAUCAUUGUAGACUACUUCGGAUUAUAGAUCCCCACACCAAAGAUUUAAGAUGCAAUAUGGAACUGUUUACAGGAUUUUCAUGAACCAACGUCCCUCCCACUCCCUUCUAGAGCUGUCAUUGGAAUUUGGUCAUUUGUAUUGUAAUUAGUGUAAAAUCAAGUAACAGUACUGUGGAUCCUCUCUGCUGUGUGGUUAAGGAAUAAAAAUGGUGAUCAUGGGCUAUUUUCUGAGCAGAGGCUUCUGAGAAGGGGAAAGUAAUUAACAGCAACAGACCCUUUAUCCAAAAGGCCUUUUGUUUGAAGAUAGUUUUCUCUUUUGAGGAUAGCAGAAAUUAACUUUGGCACAAAACCAUUCCUUGGGACACAAGGGACAUUCCAAAUCUUAAAAGGCACUCGAGAUGAUAGGAGUAGUCAGUGGCACAGAUAAUUUGGGGGGAGGGGACUUUCAGAAGUCUUUUGUGCCUGAUUUUUAGUAAAAAUUAUAUAUGCCUGCAGAUAUACAGGUAUUCAUCUAAGAACACUGAAUGGAAUUCUAGCCCUGAAGGGCGUCUGCCAAAAUCCUUAAUUUUUGUUUUGUUUUCAACAUAUGAUUAUACCUGAUCUUUUUGUGCUCUACCUUUUCCCUUUUCUACUCUUCCAUUUGUGUGAACAAAAACACGUCAAUGUUUUUGUCUUCAAAUUGUGUGUGUUGUGUUUUAAUUCAGCGGGAGCUAGAAAUCUAUCAGAAUUGCUUAAACAGACACUUUGGGAUAUUUUAGCUUAGCAGUAUAACCUUGCAUUUUUUUUUCUUACUAUGUAGCCCAGCAAAGUACAGUUAGCUCUGAAAGGGCAGUAACUACAAUGAUUUUCAAGCUUAACAUUUGUCAGUGUGACUGUUAGGUCAGUGUUCUGAUGGAAAGCAAAGCCAAUGAUGGCUGGCUGUUAGUGAUUAUGAUCAACCUUUAGGGUCCAAAACUUGACUCUGAGAAUUGUGGGCAGGGCUGACCUCUUAAGUCCUAUUUACUUAGAUGUAUACUAUUCUGUGAUUUGAAAAGAAGCUAUAUCUGCCCAUCUCUUCCUGUGGAGCCCCUUCUACAACUUACAUUUUCUGCUACUUUCUGGCAGCCUUUGUUAGCUGGGCAGACCAAUUGAAGGGGCAUUCUCAGCCCAUUGGCUGUUGUACCAAUAUGGGUCACCAGGGGUCAGUCACCCCCAGGUCUCUUAGGAGUGGGGAACCUGUGGCCUCGAGGCCACUGGUCCCCCACUUCUGCUAGACUUGGUGUUUGGGCUGUUGCUUAAUAGCAGCCAAUUCUUGGUUAGAAAAGGAAUGGAGAUAAGAGAUCAAUGAAAGCGUUAAUUCUUUUGCCUUGUCUACAAACCUUGCUUCUUAAAGCUGUAUGACUCCAUCUCUGCUGAGUUCGUAUAGCCUUUUAUUUUUCUUAAACCUUAGCUUAUAUGAUGUUACUUUCACAGAUCUGGCUCUUUGUGGUCCAGGAGGUUUAUAGGGCAGUUCGAGGAGUUUGUGUCUUUGCGUUUAAGGAGUCUAGUGACCACAGUGGAGCCUUCCUUCCCUAGCCCCCAUCCUCUACUAUGUGAGCCAUAAAAUGUUUUUAGUCCAUAUAUACACGUAUAUAUACUUAGACUUGCAUAUAUGCAUAUACACAUAUAUCUAUUUAAAAUACAUGGGAUUGUCUUUAUGAUUCCAUAUAUAUUAUAUAUAAAGUAAUAUAUAAAUACACAGGAUGAGGCAAAAUUUAAAUAAAUGUUCCACAUCCUAAUACAAGAGUUGAAAUGAUAUAUGAGCAAAUUAUUUUAACCACAGAGAUGAACUGACUACAGUCUGCUGAUCAGCGAUGUGCCAGCUUUCCUCACCACACACAGAGACGCAAGCCUUAUGAGGGAAGGCCCACGUGUCUAGAGUAAGCAGCAGUUUAUGCCAGGGGAUUGGCAAACGUUCCACUUUCCAUUUUGCUACUCAUAAGCCACCUAGAGAGAGUAUAAGCUGAAAUAAUUGAGCUGCUAAAUGGUUUGUACACUUUUGCAAGGCUUUAUCUACAGGAGUUUUCACUGUAGAUGUUUACAUUUCUAUUAGCACUGUGUUUCUUUGUAAUUGUCAUAGGAGACUUGUUUUACUGUGAUACUACUUGGUUGGCCUGUCCUCUACCACUGAUGUUCUCCAGGAAGUCUGAUUUCUCCUUCUUGAGCAAAUAGGGCGAGAGCCUGAAUCCCACAACGUGAGAGGGAUGACAGAGCCUUUGGAUGGGCUGGGUUUAGAGCAAAAGCAAAUGAAAGCAGCCUUGCUACUUCUUGAAAACUAAUUUUAACAGAAAGAAAAAAAAAACAAUUUCCUUUUUCCCUUGAGGGGCUUAAAAUACACUCUCAGCAAACAUAUUUACAGUGUAUAUUGAAAUAGUGGUGGGAACUUAAUGAUAUGAUUUGUGGUCCAACUUUUGUGGAUGGAUCUAAAUGGUCAACAGUGAAAAUAGAAAUGGAACUUUGACUGGUAGCUCAGUGAGUGAAUGAGAGGAAGAAGGAAGUGGUUUGGGUGAAGUUUUUGUUUGCUUUUUGUGCCAUGGUUCUACAAAUAACCUAGGCAUUUGAUAGGGUAUUGUGGUAGAGGAGCAAAAUUGAGGGUAUCCUUUUUUUUGGGGGGGGGCAAGGGAGAAUCAUCAUUUUUGAAGUACAAACUAAUACUCAUUUCUUGUUAGCUAAAUGGCUCCAAGUGGGGUCCCUAGCUCUUCAUUGCCUUCUAGAAAUUGAGUGUAUGCAAUCAACAUGGUGAGAUAUAGAAGGGGCAGAUGGAGAGAUAGCCCCAAAUUAAUUCAGUCCUUGCUCUUCCCAGAGUUGGACUGAACCCUGACACCCUUGUAAUAAUUCUGCUACUUAGCCUCAGGAACAAAGUCUACUUUGGCUUGUGGAAUAUUUUUAUGACUUUGAACUUGUAGAGAAGCUUGGUAGAAAUUUGAUGCUGUAGAUGUUACUAAACUCUCAAAAACCAGACUUAAGAGAGAAACAGGUAAUCCAGAAAUUUCUGGACUAGUUGGCAACCAUCAGUCCAGUGGACAACUAGGGCCAUAAUUGGUGCUCAGCUGAAUACAGUUUAGAAGUUAAAAUUGGCAGGUCAUUCUUCAGCGUUUCGACUUCCUAUUCAUUAGUUCAAGCCAGCAGCUCAAAAAGGGACGUGCUUUGACAAACAAUUAGCUAUGUAUUACUGUAAUAGGCAGCUGAUGAGACUCACUGAGAAGUUGGCAACACUUUGAAACCCUGGAAGCUACAAUGAUUUUCUGUUAAAAGAGGAUGACUAAAGGAUUGUUUAGCACAGGGGUUCUUACUUAGCCUGGGGUCAGUGAACUUUUUUUUUUUAAUAUUGUGAUAGUAAUUUCAGUAUCAUUGGUUUCCUUGGUAAUCCUCUAUUUUGUUUUAGACAUUUAAAAACAUUGUGAGAAGAUCUGUAGCCUUGACCAGACUUCCAAAGUAAGGUCUGUGACGUAAGAAGGCUAAGAAGCUUGGGUUAGGUUGAAGUGGCCUCAUUUUACCCAUCCUAGGAAUUUGGGAGGGUGCAUUUAGUAAGCUUCAAGGCAAGGUCCUGUGGUGUUGAAUCUGGGAAUUGAAAGGGAAAAUCCAAUGGGUUUGCUGGAGGCUAUUGUGGGGUUGAUAUAGCAGGGCUUUUAAAAAAAAAACCUAAAAAAAUGAAGUUGACCUCAAAAUACUAGAAAAUGAAGCAUUGAAACCUCUCUUUUUUAGGGGGGAAACCAACAGCCCUGAGAUAACCCACCCUUCAUCAGAUUUAUCAUUGUAGAAUUAGAAUGCCAUUUUUAGGAGGAACAGUAUGCUGUAGUGGAUAGAGGCCAGUCUUGUAGGCAGGAGACCUGGUGGGUACAAGUCACAGACUAGCUGUGUGACAAGUCACCUUAGCCUCUCAGUGCCCCAGGCAGCUCUAAGACAGGGUUACAGAUAAUUUGGAGAUCUACAGCAAUGAAAUUAUGGUUUGGGUUUUUCCCCCACAUACCAAGGGUUUGUUACACAAAUGAAAUCGCAGGUCUGGCCAUCCCUUUUCUUCUCGCCCCAAAUAAUCUCUUUAAAUAUACAGUUUUAAAAGCUUUGCUGCAUGAGCUAUGAUUUUUUAUCAUGGGAUGCAAGGAGGGGGUGUGGGGACAGUUAAGGGGAGAUAGGGGUAAUCAGGUUUUUUCCAUGUAGAAAUCUCAACCAGCGGAGAAAUGACUGUUUACAAAUUUUUAUAAUUCUCAAUGACUGUCUCUAGCAUAAAAAAAUGUACACCUGCAUUGACCUUUCCUCAUUUUCAGGUUACUAUUUUUCAAGGUUACUACUCGGGUUAUUUGUUUUAAUCUUCCAUUAAUUAAGGCUCCGUUCUUCAAGACCAUUGGAGCCAUCAUCUGGCCUCUAUGACCACUUCCUUUGAAAUGUUAUUCCCAUCCUGUGUUCCCAAAGCUUUGUGUUUUCAGGUGGCUCCGGUGGGUGCAGAAUAGUUCACCAGUGAACUGUGGCUGGGCUUGCCCUUCACUUCAACCUUAUAUGUAAACAUUUGUUUGCAUGUUUUUAAUAUUUUUCAACUCUGUGGACAGGUUGGGCUGGGAGCAGGUAAUCUUGAGGAGAGACUGCCAUGUUGGGCAUCUCUACUCCUUCUGUCUUCCCCUUUUACACCUGCCCUUGAAUUUUCCAGUUGAGCAUGGUGAUUGAGCAAAGGUGAUUAUGGACUUUUCUUUCAAAUCAUUGAAACAGCAUCAGUGUUUUACAAGAACUGGGCUUAUCUGCAAUCCACCCAUGCUUGCCUAUAGCUCAACCUCUCAUCCCAUAAUGCUUUGGUUUUGAGAAGUCAAAAAAACUCUCCUGGAGAAGUUACAGGAGCCAAGCUCAGGAACCCCAGAGUCGAUCACUUUGUGCCGUUGACCUUCGGGGCUGGCUGACCGUGUACUUUGUAGCUGAGUUGGGUUUUGAAUUUGUUUUGUCAAAUACUGAAAUACAUGUCAGCCUGGAGUAGGGAGAACACUUGAUUCUUUUUAAAAAGGAAAAAGAAAGGAAAAAAAUGAGGACUUUGUUGAGGAAAAUGAAAUGAAGUGUAAAAAAUUUGAUAUUUAAAGACAAUAAAAACUUUUAUCAUGACACUA